AUGUCGCUCGAAGUUUUCCAUCUGGGCCUGUCUCAAUCCGAGAGGAUUGUGUGGUUGUUGGAGGAGCUGCAAGUCCCCUACAAACUGAACAUCUAUGAGAGAGAUCCCAAGUCUGGACUGGCGCCACAAGGCUUGAAGGAUGUUAACCCCGCUGGCACCGCGCCCUACUUCCGCGACAGCACCGUCUCACCGCCAGUCGAAAUCUCGGAAUCGGGCGCCACAGUCGAGUACAUCCUGACUGUGCAUGGCCAGCCCAAGAUCGGCUCCGGCGCGCCCAGACUGAGCCGAUCCCCCGACGACAAGGACUAUGCGGCUUACCUCGAGUGGUUCCAUUUCGCCAACGGCUCCCUCCAGGCUGCGAUCGGUCGCGGCAUGACCCUCCUGUUCGCUGGCGCAUACAACACGCCCUUCGGACAGCGAUGUGACCAGAAGAUCCAAGCCAGCCUGAAGUUGAUGGAUGACCGGUUGGCGAACAACAAGUGGUUGGCGGGCGAGAACCUUAGCGCUGCGGACAUCAUGACGGUCUUCAGUAUCACAACCAUGCGUGGUUUCUACCCUGUGCUGGACCUGUCACCGUACAAAAACAUUCUUAGGUACCUGAAGGAUGUUGCCGAGCGUCCUGCCUACCGCAAGGCUUUGGAGAAGGGCGACAAGGGCAUGGAGCCGAUGAUUGGUCCCAAGGCCAAGCCUUUCAUGCAAUUCGAAUCCUUCAGCGCAUUCUUCAAGGACUUGCAAUAG